CCUCCUAAUUAAUUAGGCCCAAAAGGGCCAGGCGACAAGGGAAUAGGAUAUAAAAUCAGACCAGAGAUCAUAUCAAAUCAUAUUACUUGUUUGUUUCAAGCUUCAACAAUGGCUAGGCCAGUUGAACCGCUGGUGGUGGGGAGGGUGAUCGGAGAUGUGCUCGACAUGUUUGUACCAGCUGCUGAAUUGAUAGUACAAUAUGGGUCAAAACAGGUCGGAAAUGGUUGUGAGAUAAAGCCAUCCCAUUCUGCUCACAAGCCUGCGGUUCGCGUAAAUGGCUCUCGUGCCCGUGCCGCCAGUCUCUUUACCCUUGUUAUGGUCGAUCCUGAUGCGCCAAGUCCAAGUGAUCCAACUUUCAGAGAGUGGCUUCAUUGGAUUGUGGUGAACAUCCCAGAGGGUGGGGAUGCCUCCGAAGGCAAAGAAUUGGUAGCAUACCAAGGACCUCAGCCACCAACGGGCAUCCACCGCUACGUUUUUGCGCUUUUUAAGCAGAGAGGAAGAAUGGAAAAGCCAAAAACGCUACCAGAACCCCGUCACAACUUCACCACUCGACAAUUUGCAAGCCAUAAUGAACUCGGACUUCCUGUUGCUGCCGUAUAUUUCAACUCACAGAAGGAACCAGCUGGAAAUAGGAAACGUUGAUGCCUUGUCUGAAAGCGUGCUAGUUCCUGUUUUAUCCUCCAACAUGCAUGGUAUAGAACAGGGUAUGUAUAGGUGGUUGUAUAAUCUGUGUGCUGUUUUUGUUCGUUUUGGUCAUUAAGAGCUUCUUAAGGGAUGUGCAACCGUAGUCAAGUUUUUAUUUUUAGUUUAUCUUCUUGUACGUACGUGUCAUUGUAGUAUAUAAAUUGGGCAGUAAAUAUAAUAUAAUUUGA